AGGCAAGAUGUCGCACACGAAAAUGAUGGCAACCCCUGUAGUUCAGGCUGCGAGGGAGAAUACGCUUGCGGUGACACGUAAUUAUAACACGCAGCCAAGAUUGACGUAUAAGACCGUGUCUGGUGUGAACGGUCCGCUAGUCAUCCUUGACGAUGUCAAGUUCCCCAAGUUUGCUGAGAUUGUCAACCUAACGCUGGCUGAUGGCACCGUCCGCAGCGGUCAGGUGCUGGAGGUCAGCGGCUCAAAGGCUGUCGUACAGGUGUUUGAAGGCACUAGCGGCAUCGAUGCCAAACACACGGUGUGCGAGUUUACGGGUGACAUCCUGAAGAUAGCCGUGUCAGAAGACAUGCUGGGAAGAGUCUUCAACGGAUCUGGAAAGCCGAUCGACAAGGGUCCACCUGUGAUGGCUGAAGACUUCCUCGACAUCAUGGGUCAGCCCAUCAAUCCGUGGUCGCGCAUCUACCCGGAAGAGAUGAUCCAGACAGGCAUCUCUGCCAUCGAUGUACAGAACAGCAUUGCCCGCGGUCAGAAGAUCCCUAUCUUCUCUGCGGCUGGCCUGCCCCACAACGAGAUUGCUGCGCAGAUUUGCAGACAGGGUGGUCUGGUCAAGCUGCCGGGCAAGAGUGUCCUGGAUGACCACGAGGAUAAUUUCGCAAUCGUAUUCGCUGCCAUGGGUGUAAACAUGGAGACUGCGCGAUUCUUCAAGCAGGACUUUGAGGAGAAUGGGUCGAUGGAGAACGUGUGUCUGUUCUUGAACCUGGCCAAUGAUCCAACGAUUGAGCGCAUCAUCACGCCGCGGUUAGCUCUCACGACGGCAGAGUUUCUCGCCUACCAGUGUGAGAAACACGUGCUCGUCAUUCUCACCGACAUGAGCUCCUACGCUGAAGCCCUGCGAGAGGUGUCUGCUGCUCGUGAGGAGGUACCAGGCCGACGUGGCUUCCCCGGUUACAUGUACACCGACUUGGCGACCAUCUACGAGCGUGCGGGCCGUGUUGAGGGCAGGAACGGCUCCAUCACGCAGAUUCCCAUCCUCACCAUGCCCAACGACGAUAUCACGCAUCCCAUCCCUGACCUGACGGGUUACAUCACCGAGGGACAGAUCUACGUCGACCGUCAGCUGCACAACCGACAGAUCUACCCGCCGAUCAACGUGCUUCCGUCGCUGUCGCGUCUCAUGAAGUCCGCCAUCGGCGAGGACAUGACGAGGAAGGACCACGCCGACGUCUCCAACCAGCUGUAUGCGAACUACGCUAUCGGUAAGGACGUGCAGGCGAUGAAGGCAGUCGUGGGUGAGGAGGCACUCACCUCCGAGGACCUGCUCUACCUCGAGUUCCUCGGCAAGUUUGAGAAGAACUUCAUCUCCCAAGGCCCGUACGAUAAUCGCACCGUGUUCGAGUCGCUCGACAUCGGCUGGCAGCUGCUGCGUAUCUUCCCGAAGGAGAUGCUCAAGCGAAUCCCACAGAACAUCCUCUCUGAAUUCUACCCCAGAGACAGCCGCAGCUCAAAGAUCUAGACGUGGGACGCCGCGUGCGCGCAGGCGGGAGAGGGAGGUGACGGGGGGGGCGUCGCUUGUCGGUAACACUAGUGGGUAUACCGGCUUGGUUUUCCGAUUAUCUGCAUCGGGACGGAAGCUUGUGGCAUAGAAGUAAUAACAGGUAUUCUAACACGGCGUUGCUCAGUAACAAAAUGUAACGUCGUUCGAGAGAGGGGCUGUAUUCAUACAUUAUGUGUGCAUUACUCGAGAACAGUGGCCUUAUGUCUAAAUUAGUAGUGGCCUGUCUAACAGUCAGUGAACUGAUUAGGCUAAAAAAUAUUUAGGUUACAAUACAAGGUAAAUCAUAUGAGAUUGUUUAUUGAUAGUUCUUGCCAUAUUGAUGGCAGCAGGCCUACAGUUGAUUUGCUUUUUCUUAACGUUUGGAAACCAUAAAUUUCUCCCCUCGUAUGAAAUAGGAAAUAAGGUGUAUAUGAAUGCAAAGAAUGAACAAAGUGAUAAAGUACACCACUCCUUCAGAUUGCUACACAAACAAAUCUAUACUCAUUGCUGCUAUGCUGAUCGGGACACGGAUUGUAUUACUUAUGUGGAAGCGUUGAUCAUUCGUUCCUGUGUUCCAGCCUGCAAUAUGUUUAUGUUUCAUGAUAGAAGAACUGGUCAUAUCCUGUAUAGAGUGGAACAUCGUGUAACUACUAUAGGUCUCUAGCAUGUGUGUCUCAUGGAGCCGUGCCUAAUGUACUUCCGUGGUGUCGCUGUAAGAUGAUGUUACAAAAGGUGUAUGUAUUGUUUUUGUUAAAGUUGGGUAGAGUCGAUUAAACAGCAGCUGAACAAUUGUAGUGUAAGCUAGGGUGCUAUUACUGGAACCAGCAUAUUCCUUCGCGUGAUUCAGACGUGAGGGGACGUUGUUACAUUACAUUUCAGUUAUUAUAUUAGCCGGUGUGUAAAAUAUAUUAGCCGAGUAUUAGUCGGUAUGUGUUCGUGAAUUGUCGAUCGCUAGGGCAGAGUGUUUAAAGUAGGUGUGGUUUCAGGUUUUGCCUGUGGGUAGUACCACGAUCGCGUGCACAUUCCAGAUGUAUAACUACGUGAAAUCUACUUACAGGUGCCCUGACGCAAUAAGGGCGUGUUUCAGUAGUCUGCAUCAUGUUUUCGUGAAAUUAAAUCUGUGGGUGUAACGGGACGAGAAUGCGUUGUCGGUGUCAUUUCUUCGUAACAAUCUGUGAUUAUUAUUUUUAAGUUUUACAAUGCUUGUCUGUAAACGCUGUUAAUAGCAAUUAGCAAUUUAGCAAUAUACCUCACUAUUAAUUUGUCGUUCGUUUGCUGAUGGAGUGUGUUUUUGGGGAGUUACUACUAUGCGGCUCUUGCUUGUUUUGAGCUUAGUUUUAACUUUCCAAUCGCUUUUUUCAAACUUGCGGCAGUUUUGUUCAGUGAGGAGAUCAGCAUUUCCUCCGUGCCGGCGUGAAAUCGAACAGCCUACUACAGUCUAACCUGUGUUAGCGUUUGAGUGGCAGUUAUACAGUGAAACCACUGCUAUAGAACGGCCACCUGUCCACAACGACUAAUAUAGGCAUUCCCCUGCGAGUGGCUGUUACAUACAGGUUUGACUGUACGUGAGUUCAAACGUGGCUGGCAUGGAAAUUGCGCAAAUUAUGUGUUCAACUCGGUGUGUGUGGUCAGGUUAGUAAGGGCAUUAGCUGGGUUAUGAAGCUUCUGUGACUGUUAAUUUCGUAAACGGACAGAAAUCGGUGGAUCAGUCCAUGCAUUUAUGCUGUGUCGCACUUGCAUCUUGUAAAAAUAUAUGCCUUCACAUUUACAGUCGAGCCGCAGCACUGCUGCCAUCUGUGUUUGCUGUGGCUAGCAACAAUGUAUACAUAUACCCACUCGGGGCUGUGCAUUACAGCAAUAAUUUACAUGCUGUGUGCAUGAGUAUUAGCAGAUAAAGCUAGUGCUAUAUAUACGUUGCGAGAUAUUAUUCUGUUAUGACUGUAAUAUGAGGUAUUAAAUCGAUAUUAAACUGUUAACAACAAAAAAAGCUGUAA